GGAAAACAACGAAUCCACGACGGGGUGCCUGAAAUCCCUGGGGGGGUUUGGCUCCAGGAUGGAUUUUUGGGAGUUUUAAAAGGAAUUUCCCCAGGAAUUCCUGGAAAAAUCCGCUUUGCCUGGGAAUUCCGGGCUGGGGUUGAAGGGAAAAAUCCCGAAUUCCUGGGAUUGGGAAUCGGGGGAAGUGAAUCCCGGGACACGAGGGGAGGGAAAGGAGGAGGAGAAGGAAAAGCAGGAAAAGCGGGAAAGGUGGAAGAAGGAGAAGCAGGAAAGGCAGGAGGAAAAGCAGGAAAAGGAGGAAAAGGAAAAGAAGGAAAAGGAAAGCGGGGAAAGGAGAACUGGAAAAGUGGAAGAAAGGAGGAAAAGCAGGAACAGCAGGGAAAGGAGAAGCAGAGAAGCGAGAGAAGGAGAAGCAGGAGAAGGAGGAAAAGCAGGAAAAGGAAAAGCAGGAAAAGGAAAAGCAGGGAAAGGAGAAAAAGCAGAGGAAGGAGAAGUGGAAAAGUGGGAGAAGGAGAAGCAGGGAAAAGAGGAAAAGGAGAAGCAGGGAAAGGAGAAACAGGAAAAGCAGGAAAACGAGAAAAGGAGAAGCAGGAAAAGAAAAAAAAAGCAGGGAAAGGAGGAAAAGCAGGAGAAGGAGAAGCAGAAGUGGGAAAAGGAGAAGCAGAAAAGCAGGAGAAGAAGAGGCAAGAAAAAGAGGAAAAGCGGGAAAAGGAGAAGCAGAAGAGCAGGAGGAGAAGCAGGAAAAGCAGAAAAAGCAGGAAGAUGAGAAGCAGAAGAGCAAGAGAAGGGAAAACGGGAAAAGCAGAAAAAGCAGAGAAAGGAGAAGCGGAAAAGCGGAAAAAAGAGAGAAGCAGGAAAAGCAGGAACAGGAAAAGCAGGAAAAGCAGGAAAGCAGGGCAGGAUCAGCGGCAGAGCGGGAGAGCGAAGCAGGAACAGGAGGAGGAGGAAGGGGAGGAAGGGGAGGAGGGACGGGCGCCGCCGUUCCCGGUCCCGGCAUCCCCCGCUCCGCCGGCAGCGGCCCCGCCGGGCCCGGAGCGCUCGGGAACCGCCGCGGGCGGGCCAGGAUCCCCCCCGGAUCCCCCCGGCUCUGCGGGGAUGGAGGAGCUGGGCCAGGCCUUCGCCUUCGAGGACAGCGAGGAGGAGGAGGAGGAGGAAGGGGAGGAUUCGGGGGAGGAUUCGGGAGCCGAUCCCUGCCCUGAUCCCGGUGCCAAUCCUGAUGCCAAUCCCGGUGCCAAUCCCGGAGCCGAUCCCGGUGCCAAUCCCGGAGCCGAUCCCGGUGCUGACGUCGCUCUCCAGGCACCCCCACGCCGGCGGCGCCCGCCCAGCUCCGAUGGGCUGGGGCCGGAGACCCAGGAAGGGAUCCCAGAGCCGGUGAGCAACGGCGAGGCCGGAGGAGAUUCCCAGAUCCGGACCCGCACCUGGAAGAGGGAGAGCAUCUGCCGAGGGGAGCGUUUCUCCUUCCCGGAGGUGGAGGACGAGGUCAUCUACGACGACGUUCCCUGCGAGGGCCUGGACGUGGAGCAGGACGGCGCGGGGCUGAUCUACGCCGAGGUGCAGCGCGGGGAGGGGACGCGCCUGGGGCAGGACCUGGGCUGGAGCUCCAGCGAGUUCGAGAGCUACAGCGAGGGCGACUCCGGGGACGAGGCGCCAGCGGGGGCCAGGAGGGACAGCGGCAGCGGCAGGGCCCGCGCGGCCUUCCAGCCAAAGGUGUCGCAGCUGAUGCGGGCGGCGCGCAGCGGCACCAAGGACGGGCUGGAGCGCACGCGCAUGGCGGUGCUGCGCCGCGUCACCUUCCUGCAGCGCCGCGACGGCGCCGGGGAUGGGGAGCGCAGGAGGAGCGCGGCCGAGGCGGAGAAGCCGCCGCGCUCCCGCCGGAGCUCCCGGGUUUCCCUGGAGCAGCCGAGCGCAGGGGACUCGGAGGAGGAGGAUUCCGGAUUCCUGGAGGUCACCGUGUCCGACGUGAAGCACCCGCGGCCCGAGCUGGGCCCCGCGCCCGAGGGGCUGAGCCCGCAGCAGGUGCUCCGGCGGCACAUCCUGGGCUCCAUCGUGCAGAGCGAGCGCAGCUACGUCGAUUCCCUGCGGCGCAUCCUGCAGGAUUACCGGAACCCGCUGCUGGCGAUGGAGCCGAAGGUGCUGAGCGCCCGCAAGUGCCGGGUGGUUUUUUUCCGGCUGCGCGAGAUCCUGCAGUGCCACUCCAUGUUCCAGAUCGCCCUGGCCUCGCGCGUGGCCGAGUGGGACUCCAACGAGAAGAUCGGAGACCUCUUCGUGGCCUCGUUCUCCAAGUCCAUGGUGCUGGACGUGUACAGCGACUACGUCAACAACUUCACGGCGGCCAUGGCGCUCAUCAAGAGGGCGUGCCUGACCAAGCCGGCCUUCCUCGACUUCCUCAAGAGGCGGCAGAUGGCCAGCGCCGACCGCGUGACGCUCUACGGGCUGAUGGUGAAACCCAUCCAGAGGUUCCCACAGUUCAUCCUGCUCCUGCAGGACAUGCUGAAGCACACGCCGCGCGGCCACGCCGACCGGCUGUCCCUGCAGCUGGCGCUCACCGAGCUGGAGACGCUGGCAGAGAAGCUCAACGAGCAGAAGCGCCUGGCAGACCAGCUGGCCGAGAUGCAGCAGCUCAGCAAGAGCAUCAGCGACCGCAGCGGCCUCAGCAAGGCGCUGGGCGCGGGCCCGCGGCAGCUGCUGCUGUGUGAGACGCUGACCGAGACCGUGUACGGCGACCGCGGGCAGCUGCUCAAGUCCAAGGAGAGGAAGGUGUUCCUGCUCAGCGACCGCCUGGUGUGCGCCAACGCCAACGGCAGGGGCCAGCUGGAGCUCGGCAGCCUGGUGCCGCUGGGCCCGCGCUACGCGCUCAAGUGGAGCACGGCGCUGCCGCAGGUGCAGGUGGUGGAGGUGGGACAGGAGAGCGGCACCGGUGACCGGGACGGUGCCACCAACGCCGGGGCCAGCGCCGGUGCCCGCCGGCACGCGCCCGCCGGGCAGGCCGCGCACAAUAAGGUGUACCUGGGCCCCCCGCGGCUCUUUCAGGAGCUGCAGGACCUGCAGAAGGACCUGGCGGUGGUGGAGCAGAUCACGCUGCUCGUCAGCACCUUGCACGGCACCUACCAGAACCUGAACAUGACGGUGGCGCAGGAUUGGUGCCUGGCCCUGCAGAGGAUGAUGAAGGUCAAGGAGGAAGAAAUCCACUCGGCAAACAAGUGCCGGCUGCGGCUGCUGCUGCCCGGGAAACCCGACAAGUCGGGGCGCCCCAUCAGUGUCAUGGUGGUGUUCAUCACCCCCAGCCCCCUGAGCAAGAUCUGCUGGGUGAACCGGCUGCACCUGGCCAAGAUCGGCCUGCGGGACGAGAACCAGCCGGGCUGGCUCUGCCCCGACGAGGACGGGAGGAGCCGGGCGCCCUUCUGGUGCCCCAUCCUGUCCUGCCACAUCCCCGCCUUCUCCAAAGCCCUGGACCUGCAGCUCGGAGCCGCCGUGCACAGCCCGGUGCAGUCGUCGCUGCUGGGAUCGGCGGCCGUCAGCACCGCCCUGCCCCAGGGCUUCCUGUGGGUGGGCGGGGGGCAGGAGGGCGCGGGGGGGCAGGUGGAGAUCUUCUCCCUGAACCGCUCCGUGCCCCGAACCGUCAAAUCCUUCCCGGUGCCGGCCCCGGUGCUGUGCAUGGAAUUCAUCCCGGAGCCGCAGCCCGAGGAUCCCGGGGAGCAGGGAACGGCCCCGGACACAGCCCCCCACGCCCCCCACCCCGCAGUGUGCCUGGGGCUGCAGGACGGGAGCCUGCUGCUGUACGGCGCGGUGGACGCGGGGACGCCGGUGCUGCAGCGCUGCCGCGUGCCGGGCGCGCCGCCCGUGCUGUGCCUGCGCCACAGCGGGGCCCUGCUGCUGGCCGGGCUGCACGACGGCAGCGUGGCGGCGUUCCGCAGGAACCGCGCACCGCUUCGAGGCGCACCCCGAGGCGGCGGUGACGCGCAUGGUGCGCGCGGGCAGCGGGGUGUGGAUGGCCUUCGCCCAGGGCGCCUCCAUCCGCCUCUUCCACACCGAGACCCGCGAGCACCUCCAGGAGAUCAACGUGGCCACCAGGACCACGCUGCUGCUGCCCGGGCAGAAGCUCGUGUGCGUCACCAGCCUCCUGCUGUGCCAGGGCUCGCUCUGGGUGGGCACCGACCUGGGCAUCAUCGUCCUGCUGCCCGUGCCGCGCCUGGAGGGCAUCCCCAAAAUCACCGGGAAGGGGAUGGUGUCCCUGAACGGCCACGCCGGCCCCGUGCAGUUCCUGGCGCUGGCUCUCAGCACUUUGGCCCCCGACGCGCUCCGGGCCGAGCAGGACGAGCCCGACGAGGCCGAGGAUCCCGAGAAAUCCCCGGAUCCCGAGGGGCUCCCGCCGCGGGAAAUGCGGAAAAAAGGGAUUUUGUUACAGUACCGGCUGCGCUCCACGGCCCACCUGCCCGGCCAGCUGCUCUCCGUGCGGGAAGCGGCGCCGGGAGCGCCGGGAACGCCGGGACACGCCGAGGAGGACGGAUCCAUCUACGAGCUGGCCGACGAUCCCGACGUGUGGGUGCGGAGCCGGCCCUGCUCCCGGGAUUCCUCCCGCAAGGAGAUCUCCUCCGUGGCCAUCAUCUCCGGAGGCCGCGGGUACCGGGAUUUCCGGGCGGAAUCCGCGCGCCGCUCCGGAGCCGCCGACAGCUCCCUGCUCAUCUGGCAGCUCCCGCUGGCGCUGUGAGCUCACCCGGAAUUCCCGAAUUUCCUACCUCAGGAAUCCCCCGGAUUCCCGGGAGCGGCGCCGCCCAGGGCGCUUCAGCCGCUGCAAGGAAAACAAAAACUGGGAGAAAUGCGGGAUUUUCCCCCAAACCCAGCGGAUCUGGAGCUGGGAGCAGCGGGAUUUUCCCAGUUUCCCGGUGUGUGUGUGUGUGUGGAUAAUCCCUAGAGAUAGAAAUCCCAGGAUUAUAAAUAGGCUGUAUAUUAUUACCUGUAAAAAGAAGGAAUCUGUAUAUAUUGGGAAUGCUGGGAAGAGUGGGAGCAGCUCCCGAAAAAGUGACUCCGGCUGCAAUAUCCACUCCUAUUCCCGACUGGGAAUUUGAGGAUCUUCCGUAUGGAAACCCCCUGGAUUUGGGAGCCGAGCGCGCUCGGCUUCCCGAGGAAAGGAAACCAGGGGGAGUGUGGAAAUAAAUCCCAUAGGAAUGGC